AUGAAGAAUCUUCCGUUUCUGCUAUUACUAUGUGCAGCAUCUUGUGCUUUUCCUAUACAUCCAAAAAGGAAAGCAGAAGAAGAUACGAAGCUUGUUCAGAAGUACCUGGAAAAUUACUACAGCUUUAAGACAGAUGGGAAGCCUGUUUUAAGAUGGAAAAGUGAUAGUCCUAUGGUCAACAAAAUCAAAGAAAUGCAGGAAUUUAUUGGAUUGGAGGUGACUGGGAAAUUGGAUUCUAACACUUUGGAGGUGAUGCAGAAACCCCGAUGUGGAGUCCCUGAUAUUGCUGAUUUCUCCACCUUUGCAGGACAACCAAAAUGGGGGAAAAGAAAUCUAACAUACAGGAUUUUGAACUAUACACCAGACAUGGCCCGAGUUGAUGUAGAUGCAGCCAUCAAGAAAGCUUUUACAGUCUGGAGCAAAGUGACCCCAUUGACAUUUACCCGGGUUGACAGAGGUGAUGCAGAUAUAUUGAUCUCUUUUGCAGCCAGAGUUCACAAUGAUUUCAAUCCCUUUGAUGGUCCUGGUGGGACUGUUGCUCAUGCCUAUGCACCUGGCAAUGGUCUUGGUGGAGAUGCUCACUUUGAUGAGGAUGAAGACUGGACCAAAGGCUCACAGGGUUCCAACUUGUUUUUCGUGGCUGCGCAUGAGUUUGGCCAUUCACUGGGACUCUUCCAUUCUAGACACCCUGAUUCACUGAUGUACCCAGUUUACAGAUACUUUGAUUCCAAGACUUUCCGUCUUCAUCAGGAUGAUAUUAAUGGCAUUCAAUACCUUUAUGGACAGUGAGAUAACCCCGUUCAAACAACCGGACCCACAACGCCAGUAACUUGUGAUCCCAAAUUGACUUUUGAUGCCAUCGCUACCAUGCGUGGAGAACUGCUGUUCUUUAAGGGCAGGUAUUUCUGGCACAAGCAUCCUCAGAUGACAGAGGUCGACCUCAAUUUCAUUUCUUUAUUCUGGCCAAAUCUGCCAUCUGGAAUUCAAGCUGCUUAUGAAAAUGUUGAAAGGGAUCAAGUUUUUCUUUUUAAAGAGAACAAAUAUUGGGUCCUCAGUGGGAAUGACUUCAUGUAUAACCGCCCAAAAAGCACCUAUGACUUUGGCUUCCCAAAAAAUGUUAAGAGAAUUAAUGCAGCUUUCAGUGAUAAGAAUUCAGGGAAAACAUACUUCUUUGCAGGUGACAAGUACUGGAGAUAUGAUGAAAACAGUCGGUCCAUGGAUCAGGGUUAUCCAAAGAAGAUAAUCAAUGACUUCCAAGGAAUUAGCAAAAAAAUUGAUGCUGCUUUCCAGCAUGGUAGAUAUAUCUAUUUCUUCCUAGGAACAAGACAGUUCCAGUUUGAUCCUAACAUCAAGAGAGUUGUCAGUGUCAUGAAAAGCAAUAGCUGGUUUAAUUGCUGAUUAAUUCCAUUGAUUUCCUUCUUGCGUGUUGCAAGUGUUUUAUAUGCAGUGUUAUUAAUCUAUUAAUAGAUCUUAAAAAAUCAAAAAAAAUGUACUGUUCUCUGGCCUGAUCUUCUGGGAGUUCUGUCUGAAUAACUACAGAAUGUUAUAGUACUGUCAUGACGUAAAUUAUUGUAUUAUUAUAGGCUGGACUUUUGAUUACCCAUAAAGUAUAUUAUAUUUGUCCUACCA